UGGUCCGUGAACGCCUCAGAAGUCGCGCGCUGAUCAGACCUGAUUAAACUCACCUGUCGGUGUCACGGCGGCGGCUCGUGCUGCGUCUGAACCGAGUUUACCGUGAACGUUUCCUUGAGUUUGCCGGCGGCGGGAUGCAGAAAGGCCUGAAGAAGUACUUCGUCAACAUGGACGAGUACCUGUGCAGUCUGGGUCUGUACCGGAAGAUGGUGGCCCGGGACGCGUCCAGUCUGUUCCGAGCCGUGUCCGAACAGUUGUACUACUCUCAGAAUUACCAUCAGAGGAUCCGUCAGGACUGCGCAGACUUCAUGAGAUCCAACAGGAGCAACUUUGAGCCGUUCGUCGAAGGUUCGUUUGAGAAGUACCUGGAGCGUCUGGAGGACCCGAAGGAGACAGUGGGUCAGGUCGAGAUCAAAGCUCUGUCUCAGCUAUAUAGGCGUUGUUUCCUGAUCUAUCGUUAUCCGGGUAAACCAGCCACCGUGAUCUCAGAGGACGACUUUGUCGACAAGGUGACACUGUGUUGCUCCAUCAACGGUCACUACGACAUUGUUUACCCAAGGAGUUACCCCGCCUCCGCCGCCCUCUGUCAGUCUCUCCUGUAUGAGCUGCUCUACACUCAGGUGUUCGGCUUGGAGGAAGCGGAGCUCUGUCAUGCCAUGGAGGCCUUCAGGGUCGGAGGUCGUCGCUAUAGAAACAGCCCGUCAGUGUGUAGUGACAUCGAUGUUGGCUAUGACACACCUGAGGACCGCAGUCACAGGGACGAGGUAGAGGCGGGUGGCGCUUCUGAGGAAAAAUUCAGAGCUGUGACGGAGGAAUCAAAGCCUCCUGCAGAAGCCCCACCCCCUUCCAGACUGUCGCUACCUUAUAAGGUGAUGAAGUCUCUGGAUGGAGAAGUUUACAGAAACCUGGAGUUUGACGUUUGGCAGGACACCUGUAAAGAGAUGCAGAAGACAGACUACAUGGUGUUUGCAGGGAGGCAGUACUUCCUGGGAGACAAAUGUCAGGUGCGUCUGGAGCCAAAGGGGAAGUACUACAAUGCUUUCAUCCAGGAAGUAGGAACACACUCAUCAGCUGUCACCGUCUUCAUCGAGGAGCUGGGAGAGAAACACCUGGUUCCUCUGAUUGAUCUCAAACCGGUGAAUCCGGUUCCAGCGUGGAACGUUGCUGCUCCUCCUAGAAAAGGAGACCUGGACUUGGACUCUCGUGGUCAGCGUCACCACCGUCAUCGGUACUUCAGGAAGUCUCGUGGCAGCAGUGGUGUAAAGGGGGCGGAGCUGAUGAUGCAGCCACCACCACCUUAUGGAGGCCCUGCCCCCUCUGGCCUGCCACCACGGUUCCAGCCGGCAGGUCAACCUCGUCCACCUCCUCCCCCAGUACCAGGUGCCAUGACCUACGACCCCUACACCACCCCACACCACCACCACCACCACCCCACAGCCAGACCUCCUCGCUAUGGAGCCUCCAGAAGCUCCACUCGUUUCCUGAACCGUCACCUGAUUGGUCCACAGUUGACCUAUUACCACCCUGGCAGACGAUAUUACGACUACGAGAACUACGCGUUCCGCUCACGACGUAGCCGCCGUCAGCUCGCCGCUCUCAAUAAGGACGGUCAGUUUGGUUUCUCUGCGGAGGCUGAGGAGGAGCCAGCUGACCUGGACCCGACCAUUGCCUACUACCAGCUGGACGACAGCGCUGAUACCGUGUUCCCUCCGCUGCCGGGUCAGGCAAUGGCCCCUCCCCAAACAGUGGGAGCCCCACCCCCUCCUACAGGCUCCACCUACAGGGUUCAGCGAGGCUCGGGGUCGCUCCCCCCCGCACCUCCACCUGGAAAUACCCCAGUCUGUUCGUCCGAGGAGGACCAGGAGGACACAAGCACUGUAGAGGACCAGGCUGAGUACACGGAGGACUACAUCUACAUCACCCAAGAUCAGAGCUACCAGACCGCAGGUGUUUACACUGCUGCUGAGUCUGCCUCCAACCAGGAGCAGGAAGGAGGUGCGGCUGACUCUCCUCCGAGACCAGAGAUGAACUUCAGCUUCACGCAGCAGGUAGUGAAGCCGUUAGCAGUCAUCUGCUCUCCACGCUCCUCUUCAUCAUCCUCACCAUCAUCAUCGUCAUCGCGUGUACCUGCAGCUGCUCACCUGACGCCAGCUACACACACACAGACACGUUCAGUUGCCAUGGCGAUCCCAGCUGCUUCUCCGUGGUUGGUUAAUGAGUUGGGUGAGACUCUGUGUACCGUGGUAGCUCCGCCCCCUUACUCCUAUGACCCCAAUGGCAGUGACUUACCCCGAGACUACAGAGUCCUCCAGUAUUACUUCAACUUAGGAGUCCAGUGGUACCAUCAGAGCUGUUGGCAGCAGCAGCAGGUGUACCCUGCCACCUCAGCAGAGCCCUACACCUACCAGCACUACAGCCCGUACCUGAGUCAGGAGCCCCCCCUGCACGCUGCCCCUCUUUCAUACCCUGAGACCGCUCGCGGCCCACAUCAGCCUCCCUCCUCCUCCUCUUACCCAGAAUCCACCAGGGCAGGUGACGGACAGACAGACGGGCACAGCGGCAGCCCCGCCCCCUCAAUGGAAGGCCCCUCCAUCAGCUCCGCCCAGCCAAGCCCCGCCCCCUCCAUCCUGUACUCAGAUCAGACAGCCCCUCCCCCACUGCUGCACCUUCCAUAUGAAGCUCCGCCCCCGGCUGCCUACCUGCCCUCAACCCCUCCUCUUCCUGCUCAUCCUCACCCCACCCACCUCCCCCAUCACUCCUCCUACCAUGCUUGCCUCCCCCCCUCUACCCACUGGGGGGCGCUACAGAGCGGAGGCCACAUCCCACGACUUUAUUGUCCCGCCCCCAAUCCCACCCACGUUGUCAGUUACAUCACAGCCCCGCCCCCCCACCACACAACCACUCACUACAUCCCCCCCACUAUCUAACCGCACCUGUUAGCUCGAGGCUAACAGCACUGCCUGUUUUCAGUGAGCAGUGCUAGCAGCGCUAGCGCUAACGAGCAGGAAAACCUCCGAACAUGGACAGGUGCUGCUGUUAGCAUGUUAGCUUCACACUGAACAUGAUGCUCACGUUAACUGUUAGCAUGUUAGCCUGUUAGCAUGUUAGCCUGUUAACAUGUUAGCUUCACACUGAACAUGAUGCUCACGUUAACUGUUAGCAUGUUAGCCUGUUAGCAUGUUAGCUUCACACUGAACAUGAUGCUCACGUUAACUGUUAGCAUGUUAGCCUGUUAGCAUGUUAGCUUCACACUGAACAUGAUGCUCAUGUUAACUGUUAGCUUGUUAGCUUCACACUGAACAUGAUGCUCACGUUAACUGUUAGCAUGUUAACCUGUUAGCAUGUUAACCUGUUAGCAUGUUAGCUUCACACUGAACAUGAUGCUCACGUUAACUGUUAGCUUGUUAGCAUGCUACUAAAGCUUUAUUUACCUCACUUCCUGUUUGAAUCGUUUAAUAACUCGUUAAGGUGUUGUUGCCAUGGCAUGGUUGUCAGUUGCCACAGCGACAAGUGUGCCCUGGAGUCUGAUGAUGUCAUUUUUGUUAGUUUUACUUGUUUCUUUCAGAGGUCAGCCAGCCAAUCAGAGCAUGGGUGGGGGCGGGGCUGGGCGUGGUCAGUCCCUCUGUUUUGGGACGUUUUUGUGUUGACAUUUGUUCAAAGUUUGUUUUCGGGUGAAUAAAGUUUGUGUUUCACCAGCAGACGGCGACUUCUGUUU